GGCUGUACGUUAGCAAUGGGCAAAAAGGAGACAUGGACUUCGUUUCAACGCAGCUUUUCUUUUCCAACGUCUGCUCCGUAACUCACGAACAAACACACCUUCUUCCGGUAACGAAAACACUUCCUGCUUCUCUUCAGCCAAUCAAACGCAAGCAACAUUAGAACGUUUUUAACAAUUAUUAAACAGAAUACAAUUUAGGUAACUAUAACAUAAAGGAAUAUAAUGCUCAGAUAUAAAAUGAAAAUAAUUAAUCAUUUAACAUAAGCUUACACUAGCAGGAAAGAUGCAGUUGUUAUAUGGCAGUAUUGACUCCAACUCAACUGGGAUGCAAAAGGCAUGAAGGAAGGCUCUGACUUCAAAGAUAACAAUGCAAUUUAUUCCUAGUCACUGAAGCCUGAUGGUUGUACCGCAGUUGACCUCCAGACGCCUAAUCAACUUUUAUACUCUCCUGAGGAAACGCUCAGACAGCCAAAACAUGACCAGACCCAGUUCGGACCUGGCGGCAUUUAGGGAGAUCUUCUCCAAGGCCUCGAAUAUCGCCAUCCUCACCGGAGCGGGUGUGAGUGCGGAGAGUGGAGUCCCCACCUUCAGAGGGGCGGGGGGCUACUGGAGAAAAUGGCAAGCUCAGGAGCUCGCCACGCCGGAAGCGUUCUCCCGAAACCCAUCCCGCGUCUGGGAGUUUUACCACUACCGUCGUGAGGUCAUGCUUACGAAAACUCCGAACCCCGCUCACCUGGCCAUCGCCGAGUGUGAGGAGCGUCUAGGCAGGCAGGGCCGCGGAGUCGCCGUCAUCACUCAGAACAUUGAUGAACUUCACCGCCGCGCUGGAUCCAAAAAUAUCCUCGAAAUUCACGGCAGCCUGUUUAAAACACGCUGUACGAGUUGUGGUCAUGAAGCCGCCAAUCACAACAGCCCCAUUUGUGCUGCUCUGGCGGGCAAAGGAGCUCCAGACCCGGAUUCAAAAGAUGCUCAGAUCCCUGUCCAGGACCUCCCCAGGUGUGAACAAGCCGGGUGUUCGGGUCUUCUGAGACCAGCUGUGGUUUGGUUUGGAGAGGCUCUGGAUUCGGACAUAAUCAUUCGAGCGGAGAAAGUGCUAGAUAACUGUGACCUCUGCUUAGUGGUUGGCACUUCGUCUGUGGUGUAUCCAGCAGCCAUGUUUGCUCCUCAAGUGGCCGCAAGAGGCGUCCCCGUGGCUGAGUUCAACAUGGAAGAUACACCGGCCACCAUGUGUUUCAAGUUUCACUUUCAUGGCCCUUGUGGGACGACCUUGCCUGCUGCCUUAAGUCCCCAUGCGUCUGAAAAACACUGAAAACGAUGCACGCUGAAGCAACUGCUCAAAUUCUGGAUGCUUAUUCGAAAGAACACAACAAUAAGAACUGAUUAUUUGCUCCAAGGUGAGUGCUGAGGUUGUCAAGAAUCUGAAGCCAGCAUGCAGCAGAUUUAAACAUUCUCCAGUGCAAGUUACUUCGUUUUUUGUUUUUUUUUUGGGGGGGGGGGCGUGUUAGCCUUUGUAAUCUUAGAUUUCCUCAUUUAAUCACGUGAGGAAUGCGAGAUACCCAUAAAAACCUUUUGGGGCUUCAUGUUUGUACAGAUUUAUGCAGAGGUCUCAUCAGAUCACCGUGCGUCUCUUGCAUAUUGAAUGUGUGGCAGUAGGGGGCAGUGUUAACACGCUGCUUUUUGUUUCCAUCCAGAAAGAUGAUGGACAGGUUGUAUUUGUGCAUGUGCUCAUUAUAAUACAGUAUCUUGAGACAGCAUGUGCACUGAUGAAAACUGACAGUACUACAGUUUCAUAAGUACUGUGUAU